UGGUUUGUUGUGUUUUCCGUCAGAAAUCUUUCUCGUAUUGUUUCAUCAAGAACUAAAAUCUAAAAAUGUGGCCGGUAAUUAUGGCACUUCUGCGGCGGAAUGCUGUUUACAUCACUUUACCAGUGGCGGCCGUCGUUGGAUUUAUCGGCUAUAAUCUCGAGAGCCUUCUAUCCGACAAGUACACGCCAUAUAGUCCUUCCAUACAAGAGAUCCGCUCUCAGCGCCAAGUUGCUGAAAUAGAAAAUGCAGUUAAUGUGGAGAAAUUAAAGCUGUCGAGUCCCGUUCUGGAACGUAAUUUAUCGCCAUCGUUGCAGCCGAAAACGUGAUUGCAGAUUGUAGAGUAGCAUGUUACCUAAUUAUAAAAAAUGUAUUUUAAAAU